UAAGUUCACCACGGUCCACGGACCACGGCACACGGCUUUAUUUCUUAGUUCUUAUAACUUAUAAGUUAGAGGUUUUAUGAUUUAUGAGUGUUAUAGUUGUUAAUGUUGUUAUACAGUCUUAUAGAUUUACAGCAAAUUACUUAGUCGUUGUAGUGUAGUGUUGUCGACGGUUGUUACUGCUUAUAAGUUAUUUUAGCUAUAUUCUAUACAAGUUACAACUUACAGUUAACAGGUUUCGGUUCACGUCAUCUUUUUCUUUUUACUUCCGUCGGUUAAUUUUAUUCAGACGAUUAUUAUCCUGAUGGCUGAUGCACUAAUAUACUGUAAUAAAUAGUAUAAUCUAACAGUCUCACACCGGCACACCUGUUAAUUGUGUUUCGACUACCUACUUUGAUUUGACGCCGACAAAAAUAUAUUUUUAUUUUUAAAAACAACAUCGGUUAUGGAUUCGGAGAUACCCCAUCAUUUAUUGCUUGUUAUGGUCCACUCAUUGACGGUGGAUGGUGGCGACCCCAAAUUAAAAAGUGACGUUCUACAAUAUCUACUAUUGGUGACGGCUGACAAACACAAAGAAAAUAAAAUAAUCAUUGAUAAUAUUGACGAAUUGCUCAAAGGUCUAUUCAAAGUUUUGGAAACUGAUAGAGCCAAUGCCAACGUGGCGUGUUUGUGUUUGGUCAAUAUUUCGUCAAGAGAAAAUGGUCUGAAAAAAAUAAUGUCAUUUUUAAACAGUAACAACAAUUCAAACAAUUUGGGAAUCAUAUCAAAAAUUAUACAAUAUAUUGAUCAAAAGACGCCAGAAAUUGCAAGUUCAGUACUGAAGCUAUUGUGCAACCUGACUCGUGAAAAAAAUCAUGCUAUUCAAGUAUAUGAAGCAUUUGGAGAUCAAACUACAGCAUUAGAAUCUUUUAUGAAGCUAUUUAUCACUCGAGAUGCAGAACAUGAAACAAAUUAUGAUUAUAUUUCAUAUUUAUUAUCUAAUUUAUGUCAGUUACAUGAAGUAAGGAUGUGGUUAAUGAAUACUGAUAAUUUUCAAAAAUUAUUUCCAUUUUUAAAUGGAAACAAUUCACUUCGAAGAGCUGGUGUUAUCAUGACUAUAAAAAACUGUUGCUUUGAAUUAGAAAGACAUGAAUGGUUGUUAAGUGAAGAUCUAGAUUUGUUACCUCGCCUUCUCUUACCACUAGCUGGCCCUGAGCAGUUUGAUGAAGAGGACAAUGAAAAACUACCAUUAGAUUUACAAUAUCUUUCUGAUGAUAAAGAACGUGAACCAGAUUCAGAUUUACGUCUGGCAUUGUUACAAGCUUUGACUCAGUUGAGUGCUAAAAGAAAUUGCAGAGAAAUAAUCAGAGAUCAAGGAACUUAUCUUAUCUUAAGAGAAUUUCACAAAUGGGAACCCAAUAUGGAAUUGAAAUUAGUAUGUGAAAAUUUAGUGGACAUUUUAAUCAAAACUGAAGAUGAAAUAGGAACAGAUAACUUCCAUGACAUAGAUGUACCAGAAGAUUUAAUAGAAAAAUUUAAAAAAAUGGAUGAAGCUUAUUUAAGUUGACAUUAUAAUUCCAACAUAAUUUCAAUAUAUGUGUUAAUAUAUUUUAGUUUUCUAGAUGUAUGUAUUUGAUUUUAUGUAAUAAUA